GUGCUUCAAACAACGGCGGGUGUGAUCACACGUGUUCAAACACGGAAGGUUCAUAUGAAUGUAGCUGUAACAUUGGAUAUGCCCUGGAAGAUGAUAAUCAUGGUUGUAAAGAUAUAAAUGAAUGUGCCACAGACAACGGAGGGUGUGAGCAAACGUGUUCCAACACUGUUGGUUCGUAUGAAUGCAGCUGCAAUGUAGGAUUUAUUCUGAACAAUGAUAACCAUGGGUGUGAUGAUAUCAAUGAAUGCUUGACCGGCAACGGACAAUGUACCCACAUCUGCACUAAUUCUGUAGGCUCAUAUGAAUGUAGCUGUAAUGACGGAUAUACACUGGAAUUGGAUAAUCAUAACUGUACAAACCUGUUCGAAGGUGGUGUAUGUACAACUGGGGAUAUGUUGAUGUACCCCAAGGAUUGUUCCAAGUUCCUCCAGUGCAGUCAUGGAUCGUUUGCUCUCAAACAGUGCCCAACCGGGACUCGGUUCAACAACGAGGCUGGUGCAUGUGAUCACGAGGCUAAUGUCCAUUGCCAAGGCGACGACGACGAUGCUAAUUUGGGUGGAGAUCAAAGCAUAAUAGCAGAGGGCGGGCCUUGUGAGGCGGGUGAUAUGUACAGAGACCCUGCUGACUGCUCCAAGUACUUGAUGUGUUUACAUGGAAAGUAUCUGUCAAAGCAGUGUCCAUCUGGUACACGAUUCAACAACGAUGCUGGAGCUUGUGACCACGAGGUGAACGUACCCUGUGAGAAUCCUGAUGACAAUACUGAUGGCGAUGGUGCAGAGUCUGAAGCUGGGAAAGAUGGGGAUGAAGAUGCGGCAGAAUCCGCCCCCGAGCAAGAUGACGAAAUAGCAGCAGGUGGACCUUGUGAGGCGGGUGAUAUGUACAGAGACCCGGCUGAUUGUUCCAAUACUUGAUGUGUCGACAUGGAACAUACCUGUCUUUGCCGUGUGGCGCUGGGACACGUUUCAACAAUGACAAGAAAGCCUGUGACCAUGCUGUCAAUGUGCCAUGCCCUUAAUUCACAAAUUGUUGGACUUAUUUUUGAAAAUUGUAUGUGAUUUCCCAGAAAAAUGAACAGUGGGAUAACAUAGCCUACACAUUACAUAUAUGCAAUG